AUGGAUAUCUUCAGAAUCCUAAGCAGAGGAGCUUCCCUAAAGAAGUCAAAGGACGUAACCACUGAUUAUGCUCUCCCUUCUGCCAAGCAGAAUCAGACUCAGAAACAUAAAGAGGAGUCUGUAUUAAAUCAGGUUGAGAAGGAGACUGAUUUUUUUCAUACAAGAAAGCAUAAUAAGGAGGUACCAGAAAAGGAAGAUGCUGCUGGUGUGGAGAUAAAAGCUCUGGAGGAAGUUGAAGUUCCCCCAUUGGAGUUGAAAGAUGAAGAAGAUGCUAAAAAGUUUAGAAACCUACAUAAAUCCAAAGUUACUGGAGAUGACAUCCCUAUUCCGAUUGGAUCUUUUGAAGACAUGAUUGGGAGGUUUAGAAUCGACAAAAGGCUUUUAUCCAAUCUUAUCGAUAAUGAAUUUAUUGAACCUACGGCUAUCCAAUGUGAAUCUAUACCAAUAACGUUAGCUAACAGAGAUUUGAUUGCAUGUGCACCUACAGGUUCAGGUAAGACGUUAGCCUUUUUAAUACCAUUGAUCCAAAAACUUGUUACUAAACAAGUUGCGAAAAACUAUGGGGUGAGAGGAUUGAUUAUAUCACCUACAAAUGAGUUGGCAGUACAAAUUUUUCAAGAGUUGGAGACUUUGGUAAGGGGAAAGAAGCUUACCAUUGGUAUACUAUCAAAGCAACUUGCAAGUAAAUUGAAUAAUGAUAUUGUCAAAGCAUCCAAGUACGACAUCAUUGUUUCAACCCCUUUACGUUUGAUCGACAUUGUCAAGAACGAAAAGAUUGAUUUGUCCAAAGUAGAACAGUUGAUAAUUGAUGAGGCCGAUAAAUUAUUUGAUCAAGGGUUUGCUGAACAGACUGAUGAAAUAUUGAACCAUUUAACCAACAUCAAGAUACGAAAGUCGAUGUUUUCCGCAACUAUCCCAUCCGGGGUUGAGGAGAUGGCGCAUUCCAUCAUGAAGGACCCAGUUAGGGUAAUUAUCGGUCAUAAGGAAGCAGCAAGCAGUACCAUUGAUCAGAAAUUGGUCUUUACCGGUAAUGAAGAAGGAAAGUUGUUGGCUAUCAGGCAAAUGGUUCAAAACGGAGAGUUUAAACCUCCCAUCAUCAUCUUUUUACAAUCAAUCACUAGAGCCAAAGCAUUGUUUCACGAAUUGGUGUACGAUAAGUUGAAUGUUGACGUGAUACAUGCUGAAAGGACGCCAAAACAGAGAGACGAAAUAAUCAAGAGAUUCAAGAAUGGUGAUAUUUGGGUCCUCAUAACGACUGAUGUGCUUGCCAGAGGUGUAGACUUUAAAGGAGUAAACUUGGUAAUCAAUUACGAUGUUCCCCAGAGUGCGCAAGCAUAUGUGCACAGAAUAGGUAGAACAGGGAGAGGUGGAAGAGCCGGUAGAGCAGUAACGUUCUUUACAAAAGAAGAUGAUAAAGCCGUCAAGCCGAUAAUCAAUGUCAUGAAGCAAUCUGGAUGCGAGGCGGGGUUCAGCGAAUGGAUGGAGAAUAUGGGUAAACUAAGCAAGAAGGAAAAGAAAGACAUUAAGACUCAUGAAGUCAAAAGAAAGAAAAUUAGUACGGUUCCAAAGGUUAUAAAGCAAAAAAGAAAGCAAAAGCAAGAGAUGAUAGCCGCUUCGAAAAGAAGAAAAGAAAGCUGA